CAAUUCUAACCUCCGCAGUGCCGUCUCCUCCACCUCCACUUUAUCUCUUCGGAAUCGUCUCUCUUUGUUCUGUAGCUUUAUUUCUACGCCCCGCUGAGCUCAGUUCCAUCCCUGAAGUGAGCAGACCCAUCAUCUGAAGGAGCUUUCAUCUGAAGGAUCUUCAAAGGCCCAUCUUGCAGGUGGAUUGUUAUGGAACUAGUCUGUCCCUGCAAUACGUAUACUACUUAUGGUCCCCCGAGACAAAGUUGGCCGUGCCCAAGACCGUUUCUUGGUGCUGGAUUGCAGAUCCGGGAUCAUCGAGCUGUGAAGUCUCGUGAUAGCCGGGGUGGAGAGUUAUCCCGUGGGUUCUAUGUAUCUGCUGUCACCAAGGGGUCUGCGGAGUCGAGCAAGUCCGAAGAGACCCUCCCAUCGUGGGCUCGGCCUGAUGCAGACGAGCCUCCUCCUUGGGCUCGGGAUGAGGGUCAGGGGAGUGGUUCGCAGCAGCAGAGCUUUGAAAUCCCUUUUUUUGUCUAUUUACUUGCAUCUGCAGUGACAGCAAUUGCAGCGAUAGGUUCAGUAUUUGAGUAUGUGAACCAAAGGCCAGUUUUUGGUGUUUUGAAUUCUGAUAGCAUCUUUUAUGCACCGCUGCUUGGGUUCUUCGCAUUUACCGGCAUACCCACCUCUGCGUUCUUGUGGUUCAAAUCCGUUCAGGUUGCAAACAAGGAAGCAGAGGACCAAGAUCGUAGAGACGGCUAUUUGUAGUGUUGGAAUUUGUGACCUGUAGUUGUCAUGUACUGUAUUCUUUACUGACCAAGCAAUUCAUGAUGGGCAAAAGCAAGUAUCACUGGAGACCACUUGUCUUUUCAUCGGAGGAUAUCUUGGAAUUGCCUCUCACAUGUGGGAAGAUUGUAAAUUUCAUCAGGUAUCCAGAGUUGAAGACCUUAUCCUAAUGUGGCUCGAGGACGGUAGUAAGCUGUGGAUGCAUGGUCAGCUAAGAGAUCAAGGCUGGAAAAUUGUUUGUGUAGUUUUCUCCUCGAACAAUUUCUCGGCCUAGGUCUCUUAGCUGAUCAUGCAUCCACAGCUUACUAUCGUCUUGAGGCACAUUAUGAUAAGGUCUUCAACUCUGGAUACUGGAUGAAAUUUACAAUCUUCCCAUAUGUGAGAUGCAAUUCUAAGAUCCCCUCAGAUGGAAAGACUAGCGAUAUCCAGAAUCAUUUGUUUUGCUCACAAUCGAGUGCUUUGCAUAUAUGGUUUUGACUUAUGUUGCGGUUUUCAUGUAAUUGUAAAUGCGAGUUUGUUCGUAAAGUUCAUUCUUUAUGUAUAUAUAUAUAUUCUGUGA